ACUUGAAACAACAGCAAAUAAGUUUCUUUAAAAGUAAUAAUGCCGCUUAUUAUCGGGCACAUUUUGUGUUCUGUGUAUAGUGUACCAACGAAAAUAGUGGUUUUGUGGCUUUGAUUUCCUUUCUUGUAAACAAAAAGCAUCUUAAACUAAUACCGCUAAAGAUAAACCGGUGCUGUUUAAGAGAAGCGUGCCAGUGAAAUACAACAAAAAACCACUAUUUAUUAAGUUGGGGAUGAUGUCAGAAAUUUGUGUCUGAUAACCUACACUAUUCGUUGACAAGGGUGGGGGAGAAGUCAAAUUCAUAACACCACUUUUCGUGUUGAUGCAGUAUAAUAAUACAUAGACUUCCAACUUUGGAAUCACAUGAUAUUCGGGACGCACCUAUAAGUUGUAUACUGGGUUUUAUCAAAGGCACGGGACUCUGGGAAAGUCUGACACAAUGGGGUACCAUACAUUGAGCAACCCAAAAUAACUCAGCAUUUUCAUCGCUUGAACACGAAUAUACAUAAUAUAGAUUACGAACGUCAUUUACAUUGUAAAUGAACGAUACGUUAUUAACUUUAUGAUUAAACCACAAAACCGGAUAUUUGUACUUAAUUACUUUUAAUUUAUUUAUAUUGCACCAGUUAAACAAGUUAUUCACAUUAUUUUGUAAAGCAAUGCAAUCAUUUUAAGAAUUUUUACAUUCAUUCAGACUUUACUCUAAAUCAUUAGUACAAAUUUUAAAUAGCAACGGUCUUAAGUUAGAACCUUGACAUAGGUACACUGUCAUUGUAAAUUUUAUUAAUUAUCACCACCUCAAAAUACUGUUCCAACUGUACUUUCAAAUUCAAAAAUAGUGAAUAUGUGAAAAUUUGUGACAUGGUGAGUUAAAACAAAAAUUGAAUGUACAUUUACAAAGUUCAAAAUAAUAUAGAUAAAUGCAGACUUUCGAAGAUGUUAACACUUGGUUCAAAACUUUGCCAAACUAUGAUCAACAUUUUUCAAUACUAUCCGAGACGGCUGUGCUCACGUUCUGUCACUUUAGUUCGAUACUGUUUGGCACUCAGAUUUGUCUAUCAGAGUGAUAUAAACAACGAAAACAUGCAACGAGCCAAAGUAUCCAAAGUCCUGAUAUCAACUCUACGGGUGUGGUCAAGAUCUGCCAGUUACGAAUCGACAAGAAAAAAUCUUAAAAUAACCAAAAAGAGUACCCUUAUUUGUCAAGGCUUUACUGGAAAACAAGCUACUUUCCACUGCAAACUUGCAAAAGAAUACGGAACCAACUUAGUAGGUGGGGUUACUCCAAAAAAAGGUGGUCAAAAACAUUUGGGAUUACCAGUAUUCAACACCGUUAAAGAAGCGGCAGCUGCAUUAAAACCAGACAUUUCAGUGAUAUUUGUGCCUCCAUUUGCUGCAACUAAAGCCUUGUUUGAAGCCCUUGAGGCACAAAUUCCGUUAAUAGUUUGCAUCACUGAGGGAAUACCUCAACAUGAUAUGGUCAAAUUUUGCUACCAACUGAAACGUCAAGACAAAUCACGCCUAGUAGGCCCGAACUGUCCGGGAAUCAUUGCACCUGAACUUUGUAAAGUUGGAAUCAUGCCAGGUACGAUUCACAAAAGGGGUAUGGUAGGAAUAGUUUCACGUUCUGGUACUCUCACUUACGAGGCAGUACAGCAAACAACACAACUUGGAUUAGGACAAACGUUAGUUGUUGGUAUGGGUGGUGACCCUUACAAUGGAACAAACUUUAUUGAUUGUCUGGACAUUUUUCUCAAUGAUCCUGAAACGAAAGGUAUAAUACUGAUAGGAGAAAUUGGAGGAGCAGCAGAAGAAGAAGCUGCUGAUUAUUUGAAAAAACAUAACAGUGGACCCACAAGAAAACCUGUAGUUGGCUACAUAGCUGGGCUUUCAGCUCCACCAGGGCGAAGAAUGGGACAUGCAGGAGCUAUCAUAUCUGGAGGAAAGGGCGGGGCUAAAGAAAAAAUAGAAGCUCUGACUAACGCUGGAGUUGUUGUGGCCAAAUCACCGGCUUUUAUCGGAGCUCAUUUAAAGAAAGAAUUGACAGGAUGAAAUGAAUUAUGUUAAUUUAUUUUUUGUAGUACAAAGAUUGUUUAAAAAAUUAUAAGGCCAAUUUUUCUAAACUUAUUACGUUAGGCUCGAAGCCUGUGGUGAUAAGAAUAAUAGUUGCUCCUUUUAGGCUCUCUCAAGGAAAAUCUUUGUUGUACUGCCUCAUUUAAACAAUAACAGCUCUCACAGGGCUCACAUAAUCCCCCGUACCAUUGAAAAUUUGCUACAAUAGGUUUUAAAUUUCAAAGAAAGCUGGUUCCGAAGUUGGGGUAGCUUGACUUUGCAACUGCAUUGUAUAUUGAAACUUCUACAGUAGAACCAACAAAGUAGUACAUGAAGUAACUAUAGUCAUGUAUACUAUUCUGAACAUUUCAAAUGAGUAAUUUUGAGAUGACGCCAACAAGUUUUUGGAAGUGGUGAACAGAUCACUCUGUUUAUAAUAUUGAACGCGUGUAUAAAAAAAGUGUUCUGGGAACCCCAAAUUCAAGUUACUUCCGGCUUCACAAAGGUCAUAAAUUGCAUGUGUUAUGAACAAAAUUACGCCUUAACUCCUAUGAUCUAUAAUUUUUGGUAUACCUUGCAGAUAUGGUGGUAUUUGUUUAUUUUUCGAUUAGAUAUAUUUUCCGUAUAUAAAAUGUUUAGGUAAAUUAGUUCAUUCAGUUGGCAUGAGCGUUGCGUGACUAAACGUAGUGAGUUAGUGAUUGACGUAUAUUAUUAAAAACAGUAAAUUACAGUAAAGUACUUUUUCACAAAUUUCUUAAAAAGAAAAGGGAAAUAAAACUUACAUAUAUCAAUACAAUAUCAUCGGUUAUGCUUCGGCCGGCAUACUUUCUUG